UCUUAUCUUACAUAUCGCUGAAGGAGAGCUGUGGUUUUGAUUUUUCAGCGAAAUAUUACUUGUUACUCAUACUUCAGUAACCGUCGAGAUUAGUUGCACAACCAAAGUCAAAGGUUUACUACGUGUCUGCAAUGGCUUUUAAAGCAUUCACAAAAACACAGAUCUAUGAAAAACACGAAGCUCCAAAAGAAAAGGACAAAUUCGGGAUCCAGUGCCUCGAGUGCUUCGAUCGAAAUCUGUAUAUUGGGAGUAAAAAUGCAUCAGUGCAGCACCUGAUCCUACAAAACAGCUCCAGCGGAGACCUGAGUCCUGGUCAGAGCCAAACCAGAGAAGGUAGAGCCAGGAAACUGGGCUCCAGCAACCCAGUCGUCCAACUGAGAGCGGUCCCGCUUUUCAACCACUUGCUUGUCCUGUGGGACCGCGGCGUCACGGCCCUCAACAUGUUCUCCCUGGAGCCGGUUCCUGCCUUGAAGAAGAUCCAGCACGUGUCUCUGUUUGAGGUGUGCGACUCAUUGCUCGCAGCUCGGGCAGGAUGCGUGCAGAUGGUGACCUCCUCCAGCCGCAGGAGAGUGAUCCGCAUCCACGUGGUGGGAGUGGACAGCUGGGAGGUUCUCAAGGAGGUGCCUCUACAGCAGGAUCCCGUGGCCUUGGCAAUAGAUGGCACCAGUCUGUGUGUAGGCACCUGCGACAGGUACCUCCUCUGCGACGUGGAGACCGGGAGCAGAGAGGAGCUCUUUCCUCACAGUCACAACAGGCAGUGUGUCGUUGUUACCUCAGUGGGACGAGGGGAGUUCCUCCUGAAUGGGCCUGAAUCUUUGGGCAUGUUCGUAAUGAAGACGGGGAUUUGCCAGCGCCCUCCCCUGCAGUGGCCUCAGGAGGUGCUGGCAGCCACUGUGUGUUUCCCUUACAUCCUCACCCUGCAGCCCCAAGUGCUGUCUGUCUACAGCAUGUUGGAUCAACGGUGCAAGCAGAGUGUGAGCCUCCAUGGAGGGAAGGGUCUGCUCUCCACAUCAGAUGGCGUGUUGGUGUUCACAGAGCGAGACAUUUUCAGCCUGCGUCUGGUGCCGUUCGAGGAGCAGAUCCAGGCGCUCGUAGGACACGAGAGGGUCGAGGAGGCUUUACUGCUGCUGGACGGGGUUCAGAGCCGUCGUCCACUCGACUCAUACAAGGAGCUGCAGAAGGCCGUCACUUGCCUGGCUGGAUUUGUUCAUUUUUACCAGGAGGGUUUUUCCGAGGCCAGAGAACUAUUCAUUGCAGGCGAGUUGGACCCCAGAGAACUCAUCCUCCUCUACCCAGACAUGAGGUUGUGUCUCGGCAGCAACUUCCAGUCCCAGUUUGAUCAGGGGACACAGAAGGGCAGGGCUCUCCAGGUGCUCUGGCGAGAGGACACAAACAUGUUCCAUCACUACCUGCACUUCCUGGCAGAUUUUCUCCGAGCUGUCAGGGGGACUGGGAGAGACUCAGCGUGCAGUGCGGAGGUGGACUGCGCCCUCCUGAGGCUGUACGUGGUACUGGGAGAUACUGGGAACCUGCAGCAGCUUAUCACUUCUCCUAACGAGUGCAGGCUGGAUCACUGUGUUCCUGCUCUGGAGAAAAACAACAGAUAUUUUGCGUUAGGUUCCCUCUAUCAAAGCCAAGGGAGGCAAACUGAUGCAAUAAAGACUUGGGUAGAUAUUGCAGAGGGCUCCCACCAAGACGACUCUUGCUCAGACGUGUACGGACACAUAGUGCGGACUCUCAGUCAGCUGGACGACAGAGAUAUCGUGAGGAAGUUUGCAGACUGGACUCUGCAACAAAACCAAGAGAAAGGUGUGCAGAUUUUCACCAACCGCCCUCCAGAUGAUCGAUUGGAGACACAAGACGUCUUCGUCCUCUUGGAGAAAUAUCCGCUGGCGUCGGUUUUGUAUCUUGAGUUCCUGAUCCAUGAUUUGAGCUGCGAGGAGGAAAGACAUCACAGCUGUCUGGCCUUGGCAUAUGUUGCUCAGACGCUGCGAGAGGAAGAGGAAGCAGAUUCGAGGUCGACCAGGGGGAAGCUGCAACAUCUGUUAUGGGAAUCCAAAUUCUACGACGUCUCCACUGUAUACGAGAAAGUCAAGUCAACGACCCUGCACGUAGAGACAGCCAUUCUCCUCGGCAGGAGCGGGGAACACUCCCGGGCCCUGCAGGUGCUCGUUCACCGGGAACGAGACCCCCAGGCUGCCGAGGCCUACUGCUGCCGGGCUGCCCAGGGCCACGACGCCCCCUUCAGACAGGCCCUGCUGCUCACCCUGCUCCAAAUCUACCUGAGCUCCGAGGAUCCCACCGGCACUGCGGUGGAUCUGCUGAACGAUAACCCGCGGGCCUUUGCAGCGGAGGAGGUUGUCCAGCUCCUGCCCGACUCCUGGUCUGUUCAGCUCGUCUCCCAGUUCUUAGUGGGAUCCGUGAGGGCAACGCUCCACCAGAGCCGCGUAGUGAAGCUGGAAAAGGCGCUGGCCCGGGUGGAGCUCAUGCGGCACAAGGUCACUUGGAUGCAGGCCUCUAAAGCAAUGUUCAGACUGGACAAGGAGCAGAAGUGUAAGGUCUGUCAGCGAGUCCUUGCCGAGCCCCACUUUGCCUGUGACCUGCACGGCGAUUUGAUGCACGUGGGCUGCACGAUCAACCAGUCUGUUGCCUGUCCGUGCACAUUAUGAGUUCCUCUGCACUCCCGAGAAUCACAUUAAUCUCAAGCCGGUUAAGUGUCUGCUUCUCACCUGAUGAUUUAUCUAGAUUAGACCGUGUCAUCUAAGCAAACUCCCAUCAACGGUUCAAUUCAUGGACCCGGGACCAGACAGUUUCCCUAAUUAGAAAAAAGAAAAUACAUAGUGUAAAUAACUGGUUUUAAAAAAGGCAAAAGAGCACUCGUUGCACUUUUUAAGGGCGGCAUGCCUGAGCUUUUUCCGAGAGACACUGUAGACAGCAAUAGCUAUAAAUUGGAUUGUGGAGGACACUCUGGGACAUACUGUAUAUUCACUGAUCAGACAGUGGUGUUUUACAUGGAAACCACCCGUGGUCGCCCGGAUGACCAGAGAGAAUUUGACCAUCCUCCAGUGCUGUAUAUACGCAUCCCCACCAUCAUGGUUUCCACUGACUGGGUUUAUUUGUCUGCAUGGAGCUGGAAAUAGAAAGUCAACAUGCUGCACGUGAGAUACUUCUGUUUCCAUCCAGCCUGUGCAUUAAUGUACAUUCAAGAGCAAAAGGCAGGUUUUGGAAUGAAAAGUCAAACGGUGCAGAGCUUUGAGUCACUUCUAUUGUGGACGUAUCUCACAUGCAGCCAAAUUACAUCUGGGUGCUUUGCUUGGAAUAUGAAAUCUGAGUCAGUUUUUAUUUUUCGUCCCUGUGUCAUUAUCACAGACGUCUAUUCCCAAUAAUCACACUCGAACUCCAUCGUCCACAUGUAACCAAACUGCAAAUAAAACGUAAUCACAUGUCGUGAGCCGGAUGACAGUUGCAGUGGAGAUAUAUUUGUUUGCGUCUGUCAGAAGGUCGAGACUCGGCGCUAACCCCAACUUUCUCUUUAUACCGAUGCAUUUUGGGACGAGAGCUGCGGAGACGCCUACGGGGGCUGGAGCAGCGACUUGGCUGGACUGCUCAUAGUGUUCUGGGCUGGGGUGAGAGACUAAUUGCAAUGUAGAUAAACAGUGAAUUAUGAGCCCGCUGGAUGGGAUUAUCUCUUUGUGAAGCCUCCGCCAAGAUCUCGUGCUAAUGAGGUUUUUUGUUUCCCACUGAGGGCAAAGGACAAUCAGGAGCUGGGUUCACAUUCCUCAGUGCGGUGAAGCCUUUCGAGGGCAUCACUAGGAUUAAACCUCAUUAUAUUUCUCACCGUAUCAAUUUAACCUGAGUCGUAUAAAUAAAUAGACCCAUGUGCGAGGAAACCUCAAGAAGAAGCUUUUUUUUCUCUGAUGUGGUCGCAGGAGAAUUGCCAUGCACACUCCUCCACACCGCCUCUUUGUAAUUUUGAUAAUCUGCUUCUCAUUCAAUCACGAUCUGAGCGCUCAUGGAGUAAGAGAGUGUGAAGAAAAGCACGAAGCAUCAACUCCUCCCUCGCCUGCAUGAAGGGAGCCUCUCACAGUUUAUAUGGGCCCGCUGUGAGGCCCGCUGUGAGGCCCGCUGUGAGGCCUGCUGCUCUGCGACAGCCUGGGCCUCGGGCCGGUGCCUGGCGACCGCUGGCUGGACCCAAGGGCCCAGGGAGCGUGUCCACUUCUGUCCUCUCUGGAACAUCCUCAGGGAACAUUCGUGUUGUUUUGAACGCUUGAGGUUACGCUGCGCCUCAAAACAUGUUUUUCUCAUCUUUGAUGUUGACCAACAGGCCCGGGUAACCAGAAGGUAAAAAUACGCAGACACAAGAACAAACACACCUCCCAACGUUUGGUGGAAUCGCACAUUAAAUUAAAGUUAAAAUCAUGAGUCCCUGAUGAAUGUAACCCUCCUGAAAACUGGAGCCUGGUGCCUGUGUCAGCCUGGACUCGGAGCACCCUGGGGUGCUGGCCAGAUGGUCAUUUUACACAUGAGUGGAGUGGAUUGGAUGCAAAAGUCAACAGUUGGAGGGAAGUAUGGUGGGUAUCCAGACAUUGGUCUCCCAUUAUAAAUAUCCCCGUCACCACAGAGUCAGUACUAGGACGGAAAAUAGGAACAUUUUCUUCCUGUGCUCGUCUAAAUUUAAGGGGAAAAUGUCUGCUGUCUGGACUGUAGGAUGUAAUUGUUUACAUGUUAACAUAGUUUUACAUGCAGGGAAGGAAGCAGUUAUAUGAGAUGCAUAUGGAGCCUUGUGUGCCUUCAUGGUAUGUAUAUAAAAAAAUAUAUACAUAACGUGGGGGCAUCAGUUUUCUACUUCACUGUGAAUUCACUGAGGAUUGUAUAUAAGUGUGAUUUUGACAUGUUUCAGAUGUCUGCUCCAGAAAAUGAUACAGUACUUGUGUUUAGGCUCAGACACCACAUCUAUAAAGCAUGAUUUAACACAUUGAAUUUUAUAUGCUUUAUAGCAAUGAGUUUUAAUUAGAUCUCUCUGGGAUCAGCCUGACUUUAGGUCACCGUGAGGAGCCUUACAUUUACAUACAUUUUAUAUUUACUUGUAUUUCUUUGUGAAAUAAUGUUUGCAAAUAAAGCGAAUUGUAUUCAUGA